UUAUCUCUCGUUCAUAUACUGAUUUUUCGGUUGCCGUUUCUUGACUAAUGUUCCGUUCCUUUGAUUCCAGAGUGCCAAAAGGAGAUUGUUGCGACUGGCAUCAAUCGGCGGAUCCAGUUGCAUCUUCGAAAUGUUUGAGCUUUGAAACUCUCUCUCUCUCUCUCUCUCUCUCUCACACACACACACACACACAGCACCCACACACAAUACCCACACACACAUAUUGGCUUUGUCUUUUCUCUCUCUCUCUUUUUUUUCUCAGCCUUUUGAGUUUAACCUGUUCAUCAUUUGGAGAAUUGCACUUUUGCAGCUGUUCCUGGCAAGCUGGGGCUUCGGCAGACCCCUAUCGUUCAUCAGAUCCGCACGAAAAGAAGCAGGAAUCAGAACCUCCACUGCAGAAGACAUACAAGACUCUAUUUGAGAAACAACACAAAACGGAACAUGACACCGUCGUUGAAGAGUGCGAACUGCCAUUGAUAGACCUUGAUCAACUGAAUACGGGAAGACGAGAACGCGACAAAUGCGUGAGAGCCAUGGCAAAGGCUUCAUCCGAGUGGGGUUUCUUUCAGGUUGUGAAUCAUGGCAUCUCAACUGAUCUUUUGAACAGGAUGAGCGGUGAACAGGCCAAAGUUUUUGGGCAACCAUUUGAAAAGAAGGUCAAGGAGAAGCUGCUGGAUUUCUCUUCAGAAACAUAUCGGUGGGGUGCACCAUCUGCCACCAAUCUGCAGCAACUAUCAUGGUCAGAAGCCUUCCAUAUUCCCCUGGCAAAUUGUUCAGACCCCAGCCAUCCAGAUAAGAGUACUCUAAGAAGAACCAUUAAUGAGUAUGCAGCAGCAGUGUCGGACCUGGCACAACAAUUGGCUCAACUGUUGACAGAGAGUUUGGGAUUCAGAACAAGUUACUUCGCACAGAAUUGCGGCCCAAGUUCAUGCUAUCUGCGACUCAAUAGAUACCCUCCAUGUCCACUGUCUUCUGAGGUCUUCGGGCUGAUAUCUCACACUGACAGUGACUUCCUCACAAUCUUGCACCAAGACCAAGUUGGGGGUCUGCAACUGAAGAAAGAUGGAAAGUGGAUCACUGUCAAGCCUAAUCAGAAGGCCCUCAUAGUUAACAUUGGCGACCUGUUUCAGGCAUGGAGCAACGAUGCUUAUAAAAGCGUGGAGCAUAGAGUAAUCGCUAACAAAAUAGUGGAGAGGUUCUCUGUGGCUUUCUUCCUUUGUCCCUCAUAUGAUACUGUCAUAGAGACAUGUAGAAGACCAGCUAUGUAUAAGAAGUUUACCUUUGGGGAGUUCAGACAGCAAGUGCAAGAAGAUGUUAGACGCACAGGUCACAAAAUUGGCCUUCCCAGAUUUCUUGUUUGAAAGUUCCUGCACUCCAUCGUGGUACGUACUUGGUGGCAAGAGUCAAGGCAAAAGUUACUAAAGGCUCUUUAUUAAAGAGUUCAUAUUGAGGUUGACGAACAUAACCAGUAUUACGUAUCAAAUGAGAUGACCUAAUGUUUGCGUUGCC